AUGGAAACUUUGUCAGACACGACGUGGGAUGUGAUCAUUAAUGGGACUGGGAUUUCUCAGUCCCUUCUGGCACUGGCCCUCUCACGAUCUGGAAAGAAGGUUCUUCACAUCGACCCAAACCAGUAUUAUGGUGGUUCAGAUGCAGCCUUCAGUCUUGAUGAGGCCCAGGAGUGGGCAGAGAAGGUCAAUAAAGGUGAAUUGCUCUUAUCAACGUUCAAAGAUGCCUCGAUCUUCAAACCUGAAGUGUCUCCAUCAUCUGAGGAGACGGGCAUUUCCCCCAAACUUGCAUCUAGCCGUGCUUACACUUUGUCCCUCUCCCCAUAUUUCCUAUAUGCCCGUUCUCAACUAAUGUCAGCCCUUGUCACUUCGAAAGUCUUUCGACAGCUGGAGUUUAUGGCUGUUGGAAGCUGGUGGAUUUACGUACCUGAACAGCCGGAUUCUAAAAAUGGCGAGCUCGGUGCGGAAAAGAUUUUCUACCGCGUGCCUGGCAACCGGGAGGAUGUGUUCGCUGCAACUCAUAUCAGCAUGAAGUCCAAGAGAACCCUCAUGCGAUUGUUGCGUCAUAUCACUAAGCCCAAUGAGGAUGACGCUUCAAUUGAAGAUGAGGAUAUGUCAAUGCCCCUGAACGAUUACUUGGCUUCCAAAUUCAGCGUUCCAGAGGAACUUCACAAUCCUCUGCUAUCGCUGUCCCUGUCACAGCUUUCUCAGCAAGAUACUUCCGCCAGCUAUGCUCUACCUAGGGUUCAAAGACAUCUGUCAUCCAUUGGCCAUCUUGGCCCUGGGUUUGGUGCUGUGAUUCCUAAGUAUGGCGGUGGAGCUGAAAUACUGCAAGCCGCCUGCCGCGCAUCCGCUGUGGGAGGGGGUGUAUAUGCCCUGGAUACGCGGAUUUCUGAUUGUUUAUGGCGUAACAGCUCUGAACAUUCCGAAUAUCCCUUCCUGCUGAAACUGAAUGAAGGGCCUGUUCAGGGAAAAUAUUUUUUUAACUCGAAUUUGGAUACUUCUCCCAAAGAGAAUUUGACUCCCUUGGUCGAGGUCGCCCGCUCGAUCAGUGUUGUGUCAGCUACUUUCCCAUCUCUUUUCCCUGCUACAGUUGAAGGUGCUCCUGUGCCCGCAACCGCAGUUCUCAUGUUCCCAGGGGACACAUUGGGCAGCCCCCAAUCCCCACCAGUCUAUCUCCAGGUCCAUUCAAGCGACACUGGCGAGUGUCCACCACAGCAGAGUGUCAUUUAUUGCAGUGUGGCACUAGCUGGACCAGAAGGUCAAGCGCUUAUCGAGUCCGCUGUCGAUAGACUAAUUCGGGCAGAAGGUCUCCCGGCCACCGUUCUGUGGUCCUUGCGAUACACCCAUCGUGGACCUCUUAGCAAUGGUGCGCCCCAGCGUUUUAUUGUUGAAGACGAAGUUUCUCACUGCUACAAUUUCCCCCCAUCGAGCCUUGACUUGGCAUUCGAAGACGACACCCUCGACCUUGUAAAAGAGGCUUGGAAGAAAGUCGUAGGAGAUGAAGUUGAUGAUGCCGAUUUCAUGAUGUUUGAUGAUCGCGAUGGCACCUCUGACCAAUGA